GCGAUGCUUCUCUGGUUUCGUCCUACGCUCUCAAUGGCCAUUCACUCGAUCUAAACCUACCACUGUCUACUACCGUCAACUGCUGCCAUCCAUCUCCAUCCCAUCAUUCCAUCUGCACCCAGCCGAUCUCACUUAACCCCUUCGCUCCCUCGCCGCGUCUCUCCUUCCACACCUCCCUCCUCACCACUCACCUCACCACUUUCUUACUCUACCACCACUACUACUACACCUCACUUCAACUACUCUUCAUCAAACAUCACAUCCAACAUGGCUACCCACGUUAUCACUGCGACCGCGGCCAAGCCGAUCUCCGUCUACGGCCACCCGUCUCCGGUUAACUCAGCCGAGACCACUCCCACCAGCAAUUCUCCGACCUCUCCUCGCUAUCAGCACCUGCCCCUGCAGUCGAAGCAGCUCCGUCCCCUCAAGGGCCCUCUCUACGUGCCGGCUGCUCUCCGUCCGAAUGAGCGUCCCCAGAAGUCCUCUCCUCCCACUCCUCCCCGCAGCGUCCACGGCUCCCUGGACAGCCUCAGCGAGGGAGAGAUCAGUGCGCCCGCCAGCCGUCGGUCGACCAUGGAGAGUUACAACAGCGGCGCGGCGGUCAGCAAGCUGGCGGAGGACGAGUGGAUGAAGAACGAGCACCUUGGCGCAGUGACUGGCCUGCCUACCCGCGACCACUGGAAACCUCAGGUCGCUGAUGCUAACAGACUUUACCUUCAGGCUGACUCUGCGUCUCCCAACUGCGACUCCCCGACCUGCCGCUCCUCCUUCGGCCUCUUCCUGCGUCGCCACCACUGCCGCCAUUGCGGACAUGUGUUCUGCGCCUCCCACACCCCCUACGUCGUGCCUCUCGACCAGAAUGCUCGCUUCCACCCCGACGGUGUGUCCUCCCGGGCCUGCGACCUCUGCUGGCAUGCCUACCAGCGCUGGGAAGAGUCUCGCGCCGACCGCCUUACUCGCAUCCAGAGCCUGAUCGAUGCGCAGAAGGCCACCGAGGGCGUCGAGCAGAUCGAGACCGUCUCCGAGCACUCGGAUGCCUCGCCGGACGAGGGACCCAAGUCCGCCCUCGCCGGCGUCAUGGGCCAGAGCACCGAGAUCGCCGCCAGCGUCCCCCGUGGCUGGAACUGGAGCACCUUCUAA